AUGGAAAAUGCCGGCCCACCAAUUCAAAGCCCCGCCUUCGAUAACCCGAAUUUUGCCCGGCAGCCCCUACUUCCCUCGAACCAAUCGCCAAGCCCGUAUGGAGGACCAAAACCUUUGAUUCCCUUAUCCCAUUCUGUAUCGCCUUCGCCACAUUCUACGAGUCCUAUCAAUCUAGGAACUGACUCCUAUUCGGAACAAGCUCUCCCACCAUUGGAGCAGGUCAAUGCUGAUGCUGACUCAACGGGAUCAAAACGCUGGGAACAACGUCAAAAAGGAGCCCCAAGCUCUCUACGCAGAAACCUGACUCGUCGAAUCCAACUUGUCAAAGGCACGGUCUUAAGCGUCGACCACCCUGUCCCAAGCCCAAUACGAAAUGCCGUCCAGCCCAAAUAUCGAGAGCUAGAGGGCGACUCCCCUGAAGAGUUUACUCAUAUGAGAUAUACAGCGGCCACUUGCGAUCCAGAUGAGUUUACUUUGCAAAACGGAUACAACCUUCGCCCUUCUAUGUAUAACAGACACACCGAGAUGAUGAUAGCGAUCACUUAUUACAAUGAGGACAAAGUCCUCACUGCCAGAACUUUGCAUAGCGUCAUGCAAAAUAUUCGAGAUAUUGUCAACUUGAAGAAAAGUCAAUUCUGGCACAAAGGAGGCCCAGCGUGGCAAAAGAUUGUUGUUUGUCUCAUAUUCGAUGGAAUAAAGCCAUGCAACAAAGAGACACUCGAUCUGCUUGCGACCGUUGGAAUCUUCCAGGAUGGUGUGAUGAAAAAAGAUGUUGAUGGGAGAGACACAGUGGCUCAUAUUGUAGAAUCCCACUCCAUCUUACUCCAUACCUUGAUCAACUCUAACACCCACCAGUUCGAGUAUACGACUCAACUCUCGGUCACACCAACACAGCAAUUGAUUCGACCAUUGGGCGAUGAAAUUACCAAUCUUUGUCCAGUUCAAAUGAUCUUUUGCCUCAAGCAAAACAACAGCAAAAAGAUUAACUCCCACCGCUGGCUUUUUAAUGCGUUUGGACGAAUCUUAAACCCUGAGGUGUGUAUCUUGAUCGAUGCGGGCACUAAGCCAGGGCGAAAGUCUCUACUGGCGCUAUGGCAAGCUUUCUACAACGAUAGACAUCUUGGUGGUGCUUGUGGCGAAAUCCAUGCACUUCUAGGCCGUGGUUGGCGAAAUGUAUUAAAUCCCUUGGUCGCCGCGCAGAAUUUCGAGUAUAAGAUUUCCAACAUUCUCGACAAACCACUUGAGAGCGGUUUCGGUUACGUUAGCGUUCUUCCGGGAGCAUUUUCUGCAUACCGCUAUAGAGCUAUAGUUGGUAAGCCCCUAGAGCAAUACUUCCAUGGUGAUCACACUCUUUCUAAGAGGCUUGGAAAGAAAGGCAUUGAGGGUAUGAACAUAUUCAAGAAAAACAUGUUCUUGGCGGAGGACCGAAUUCUGUGCUUUGAGCUUGUCGCAAAGGCCGGGUGCCAAUGGCGCUUGACCUAUGUGAAGGCAUCAAAAGGGGAGACUGACGUGCCCGAAGACCCGGCAGAGUUCCUAAGCCAGAGACGACGUUGGCUAAAUGGCUCUUUCGCAGCGAGCCUUUACGCUACAAUGCACUUUGGCCGAAUCUAUUCCAGCGGUCAUAACUUGAUUCGUCUGUUUGUGUUUCAUGUCCAAUUGGUUUAUAAUAUCGCCCAGCUUAUCAUGACAUGGUUCUCACUUGCAUCAUACUGGCUCACAACUUCCGUCAUCAUGGAUAUUGUGGGGGUUUCGAGCUCUGUUAAUCACAAUAAGAGCUGGCCUUUUGGGAGUGAAGCAUCGCCGAUAGUGAACAAUUUUCUUAAGAUCGGCUAUCUGGCAACUCUCUUGCUUCAAUUCAUCUUGGCUCUUGGCAAUAGACCAAAAGGGACAAAGCUGUUAUACACACUGUCCAUUACAUACUUCUCGAUUGUUCAAGCCUAUGUUCUCGUCCUAACCUUUUAUCUCGUUGUACAGGCACUGACAGGAGGGAAUCUAACUUUUGAUGUGAACGACGGUGUCGUGGCAUUCCUCAGCUCCUUCAUCGAGUCUACUGGUGGAAUUGUUCUAGUCGCGUUAGUCUCUACAUAUGGCAUCUACUUCCUGGCCAGCUUUCUCUACUUGGACCCAUGGCAUAUGUUUACCUCAUCAUGGGCAUAUAUUCUAGGGAUGCCUUCAUCGAUCAACGUUCUCAUGGUCUAUGCGUUUUGCAACUGGCAUGAUGUUUCAUGGGGGACCAAAGGCUCUGAUAGAGCCGAGGCGCUACCGUCAGCGCACAUCAAAACAGAUGCCCAGCAGACUUUUGUGGAGGAGCUAGAAAAGGCCCAGACCGACAUUGAUACCCAGUUUGAGCAAACGGUAAAACGAGCCUUAACGCCAUACCGACCACCUAUUGAGAAAGAGGAGGCCAGCUUGGAUGAUUCGUAUAAAGCGUUUCGAACCAAUCUGGUAAUUUUGUGGACAUCUAGCAAUGGCCUUUUGGCAAUUUGUAUCAACAAUGCUGAUCUGGAUCGGCUUUGCUUCACGACAACAUCAACACCUCGAACGGCAAUGUAUUUCAAGAUCAUCCUCUGGGCAACUUCAGGUCUCUCAAUAUUCCGCUUUCUUGGUGCUCUAUGGUUUUUAGCAAAGACUGGUGUUUUCUGUUGUUUUACAAGACGGUGA